UUAGUUGAGGGAGAAGCAAAUUCUUCCUCUCCACUUACUCUGCAACGUAAGUCUGAUCGUACAUUCCAUACAUAGGAAGAAAGCCCAGUGAAUGGGAGUUUUGCCUAUAUGUGAGCAGGCUUUGUUAAUAGGAAGAUGAGCAUAAUGUGUGGAGUUGGAUACUCCCCUGAAGCUUGUUUGAGUGACGGCGUAUAAAAAAGGCCCUUUUUGAAAUGAGUCCAGUGUGGCUGUAGCUGAUACUGCAGGAGAGAGAGGGUUUCUGCCAGAGGCUGAGCCUAGAGGAACUGGAAUAGGCUGUAGGCUGAACUUUCCAGUCUACAUAAAAUGCGUGAAAUUGUGCAUCUUCAGAUUGGCCAAUGUGGAAACCAAGUUGGAGCUAAGUUCUGGGAAGUGAUAAGUGAUGAACAUGGAAUUGAUGUCACUGGGAACUACCACGGUGAUUCGCCACUGCAGCUUGAGAGAAUUAAUGUGUACUUCAACGAAGCUCAUUCCAAGAAGUUUGUGCCCCGUUCUAUCUUGGUGGACUUGGAACCUGGAACCAUGGACAGUGUACGAUCCAGCAAAAUAGGCCCACUCUUUCGACCUGACAAUUUUAUUCAUGGUAAUUCAGGUGCUGGCAACAACUGGGCUAAGGGCCAUUACACAGAAGGAGCUGAGCUGAUUGACAGUGUAAUGGAUGUGGUCAGGAAUGAGUGUGAGAGCUGUGAUUGCCUGCAGGGGUUUCAGCUCAUCCAUUCACUUGGAGGAGGCACAGGAUCUGGUAUGGGCACACUCCUUAUCAACAAAAUCAGAGAAGAAUACCCUGAUAGGAUUAUUAAUACUUUCAGCGUAGUGCCUUCACCCAAAGUAUCAGACACAGUUGUAGAGCCAUAUAAUGCCAUACUGUCCAUCCACCAGCUGAUAGAGAACACAGAUGACACCUUUUGUAUUGACAAUGAAGCUCUGUACGACAUAUGCUUUAGAACCCUAAAGCUCCGCAGCCCCACCUAUGGUGACCUCAAUCAUCUGGUGUCCCUGACCAUGAGUGGUGUCACCACCUCAGUCCGUUUUCCUGGUCAACUCAAUGCAGAUCUGAGGAAGCUGGCUGUCAACAUGGUGCCUUUCCCUCGCCUGCACUUCUUUAUGCCUGGCUUUGCUCCACUGACAGCUCGAGGCAGUCAGCAAUACAGAGCCCUCUCGGUCCCAGAGCUUACCCAACAAAUGUUUGAUGCACGGAACAUGAUGGCAGCCUGUGACCCUCGUCAUGGACGCUAUUUGACUGUGGCAUGCAUCUUCAGAGGCCAGAUGUCUACCAGAGAAGUGGAUGAACAGUUGCUGGCUAUCCAGACCAAAGAUAGUGCCUACUUUGUGGAGUGGAUCCCUAACAAUGUGAAAGUGGCAGUGUGUGACAUACCACCACGAGGGCUGAAGAUGGCAGCCACCUUUAUAGGCAACAACACAGCCAUCCAAGAGCUCUUCAUUAGAGUUUCUGAACAGUUCUCAGCUAUGUUCAGACGGAAAGCAUUUCUCCACUGGUAUACUGGUGAAGGUAUGGAUGAGAUGGAGUUUUCUGAAGCAGAAGGCAAUACCAAUGACUUGGUGUCUGAGUACCAACAGUAUCAGGAUGCUUCAGGAGAUGUAGAUGAAUAUAAAGAGGUAGAAGUGGAAGUUAACCAAGAACAAGAAACACUUGAAAAAGAUUUUUAAUAUCAGAACACUAUCCAAGAACACUUAUUGAAUGUACAUCUUCUAUUAAAAAGUAAUACUCACCUACCUAUCUGAAGGGAGAACUCUUAAAAGUAUCUACCUUUCUCUAUAUUAAAUCAAAGCAUAUCCACUGUAUAUAUGAGUAUAAAGUAUUGUGACACUGAAAUUAACACCCAUAGUGCCUUUUCCUCGUAAACAAUGUCUGGUACAGCAAACCCCACAAAAAUAACAACCACAAGAGCAAGUUGUGCUAUGUCAGCCAUCUUCACAAUUCACUAGCUUUUAGAAUGGUAUAGUCAGAUUCUGAAUGUAACAGCGUGUUGUGUGUGACAAAAGUCAUGACAAUGAGUGUUGGUGUAAUAUGCUCUAAACUGUCAUAACGUUUAUGAAUUCUCAGGCAAAUGGAGAUUUAGGUUUUACAUUUGGGAAUUUUAGAAGGAUACAUGUGUAUUUAUCCAUCAGGUUAUAACAGUAAGUACCUAUUUUGUUCUGCACACCAAUCAGCAAGCUGAAUCAGUGUUUGUUAAGGAGUGUAGAAAAAAGUUUUAAGAUACCUUCUAAAACAUUUCUUAACAGACUGAAAGAGUAUUAACCAAUAACAUCACUUUCUUUUUGUUUUACAUUAUGGAAGAUUUUUUGUAUUCGCAAUGUUUUUAUAUUUCAUCUUCAAUUACAUAUUUAGAGUGGUUUAUAUCAGCUCAUAGUUUUGUGAACUUUAUCUAGAAGUUUCUUUUGGUGCCGUCCCUCUCCCUUUAAAGAGUGUAUUUAUAACUUUUCCUCUUAUUGUUUCAUACAGUGAACUAAAUAGAAUGGUUUGCAGCUAGUUUGAGAUGUAACCCCAAUGUCACAAUUCAGUUUACAUAAUUUAGGAAAGUUAAAAACAACAAUGCAUCUCACUCAAAGACAGAUCCUGUUGCUAGCCAUUGUGGUGAUGUUAUCCAUUCAAUGCUAUUUAUAAUAUAGCAACUAUUACUGUGGUGUUUUGAUGUUUUCUGAAUCAUUCCCCCACUUUAAACAAAUAUUUAACAGUUUACUCAAAUAAUUUCUAAGACCUUUACAAGACUUUUUUGAAAAUAUUUUUCCUUGUCUAUCAAAUGUGCUUCAUUAAAAGUUAAAUCUCAUAAAAAAACAAAUGUUUAUG